AUGGAAGAAAAGUCUCAAGUACAGCUUGACCUGCAUAUUUUUAACACAACGUCUUCACUGUCUCAAUACUAUCCACUUAACGUGAUGAUUUCUAGGAGUAUAAAAGGAUGGCGUCCCGAGCCUGGGUAUCCAUUCAAAUGUGGCAUUGAAAUACAUACGCAACUCAAAACUAAGCAUAAACUUUUCUCCUUGUCGAAAAAUAGCCCGGGUGCAGCUCCAAAUACAUGUGCUAGUUACUUUGAUUUCGGCUUGCCGGGCACCAUUCCAAAGCUCAAUCCUGAAGCGCUCCUUUUGGCACUACGAGCUGCUGUAGCACUUAAGUCUGAUAUCAGCUCCAUUUCUUCCUUUGACAGAAAACAUUACUUUUACAUGGACCAACCUCUAGGGUACCAGAUCACACAGCAUUAUCAGCCUUUAGCCAAAAACGGUCACUUGCUGUUGGUUCCUCGUUUAGAUGACGUGGAAGAAGCCAAGACAAUCCAUGUGGAGCAGAUUCAGCUCGAACAAGAUACAGCAAAACUCAACUACAAUGCAUAUGAUGGUACAGUUGAUAUUGAUCACAAUCGAGCGAACGUCCCAUUGAUCGAAAUGGUGACAAAACCGGAUUUCUCGCAUCUUUCUGAGCUCCGUGCUUUCGUUAAAAAAUACAUUUCUCUCAUGACUCAUUUGGGUGUUUGCUCUGGUGAUAUGGAGAAUGGGGCAUUGAGAUGCGAUGUCAAUGUCAGUGUUGCAGGAGGAAAUCGGGUGGAAAUUAAAAACUUGGGGAGUACCUCGGAAAUCAUAGCCGCUGCAAAGUAUGAGUACGCGAGACAAGUUCAGCUAUUGAAGCACGGCAAGACCCCUGUUGAACAAGAAACUCGAAGCUGGGAUGGUACGAAAACAAUUCGUACUCGCUCAAAAGAGGAUGCCAUAGAUUACAGAUACUUCCCUGAUGUUGAGCUUCCUAGAAUCCGUUUACAUCCAUCAAUUGGCAAAGAUUUAUCUCAAACAUUGCCUGAACUUCCUGAGCAAUUAAUUCAACAAUUGUGCGAGGAGCCCUUCCUCUUAGAAGUGAAGCACGCUAGAUUUUUGGUGGAAAAUCCGGAUUUGUAUAACUACUACAAGAACUUGCACCACAUUAUCGUUGACAAGCACAAGCUUUCCUAUAAAGUUGUUAACAACUGGAUUAUUCAUGAGUUUAUUGGGGCAUUCAAUAAGUUGGACAUUCCUGUUGAUGUAUCCGUUAUUGACACGGAAAAACUUGCAUCUUUGAUCAUUAUGGUAAGCGAAAAGAAAAUUUCCAUCACUUCUGCAAAACUUCUUUUGACACAAAUCCUUCAGUCACCAGAAGACCGUGAGUUAUCUAUUCCAGAUCUAAUUGAUGCUUAUGAUUUGGGUGCAGUCAACGACAUUCAUGGGGAUGACUUAAAAGAGGCAAUAAAGGAAGUGUGUUCUGAAGUCAUAGAUUCCCAUCCCGACGUUGUGACGAAAAUAAGAAACGGGAAGACGAAAUCAAUAAACUUUCUCAUUGGUAGAGCAAUGAAAGAGACACAAGGGAAGGUGGAUUCUAAAGAGUUCGAAAAAAUGUUCAAAAAGCUUAUUGGGUAA